AACGAUAAUCAAAAUUUGACUAAAAAACAUGAAAUUGCAGAUGCUUUAAAUUCACAUUUCAACGAAGUUGCAUCUCGUUUGGUUAAUAACAUGCCACAGAGCUCAAGGACAUUUGAGUCAUACGUGACUAGGUCCGAUACACAAUUUACGAUACAAAAUGUUUCAUUAACUAAGGUAUAUAAGUUGCUCUCUACAAUUAAAACAUCUAAAUCAGUAGGGCAUGAUAGAAUACCCGGUAAACUUCUAAGAGACGCUGCUGAGGUAAUAGCACCAUCCCUGUCAGCAAUCUUUAACGCAUCUAUAAACACUGGUAUAUUUCCUGAAGACUUCAAGAUUGCUAUCAUUUCUCCAAUUCAUAAGGCUGGAAGCAAAACUAAUUGCGAUAAUUAUAGACCAAUCUCGGUUCUAUACUCAGUUGCUAAAAUAUAUGAGAAAUUAGUUACAGAGCAACUAGAAAUUUAUCUUGAAACUAAUCACAUUCUUGCAGAACAACAAGCAGGAUUUAGGAAAAAUCACUCUACACAAACUUCUCUACUUAACAUCACGAACCAAUGGCUAAUGAAUAUGGAUAAGG